AUGAAAGAACCUUGGCAUAACAAAUCGAAGUCAGAGGAUUUAUAUAAGAAAGUUGAUGUUGUUGUGUUUGGUAAAUUAAUAAAUGAAAAAGAUGCCAAAGAAAUAAUGUAUAAUUUUCUGAUAUUAGUUAAAACACUUGAUGAGAGCGUAUGGACAGCUGUGAAAUACAAGUACCCUGCCAGUAAUAACGGUACUUAUCAAGUCGAUAUUCAUCAAUAUUAUAGCAGCAGUGAUUUCGUUCGUCAGAAUAACAGAAUUCCUGACAAUAAUGGCCUCUCCAACCAUGCUCCAACUGAUUCUAUGAGGAUUACUCAUCAAAACUCUGCCAGAAAUAACCGUAAUAAUUAA